CUCGAAAUGGGAAAGAAAAAUGAAAAGAUAGUAGAAGAAGCUGAAAAGGUAGAAGCAGAAACAAUGGAAGUCGACGAACAACCACAGGAAACCCCACAAGUGGACGACGAAGAAGAUUUGAACGUACCUUCAAAAAAGAAAAUGGAAAUUCUGGACCCAAAAAGUUUCGAACAAGAUCCAUCUAAUUUGACGCUUAUCAUGUACGAGGAAGAUCACACUAUUGGAAAUUCAAUCAAGCACAUUUUGAGCAGAAUGGAUGAAGUUGAAUUUUGUGGUUACAACGUUCCACAUCCUCUGGAAGACAAGAUUUUGUUCAGAGUGCAGACAAAGGAUGGUAUUAAUGCUCUGGAAGUUCUCGCGAAGGCAUUCGAAAGUGUUGAACAAAUUUUUUCCACGAUUAGAGGGAAAUUUGAAGAGUCUUAUGAGCAAAGCCAAUCGUAAAAUUGCUAUUCAUUUUGUCAUUAUUUGUUAUCCAUUUUGUUGUUUUGAUGUUUUUGUUUGACUUCACCCAUUUCAAUCUGAAAUGAAAAAUUUGUAUUGGCAAA